AGCUUCUAUUUAUAGAGAAGAGUCCUCGGGCUCUAGCGAACCGACGACGGUAUGGCGGUUAAUCACAUUGCUUUGCCUUGCCUUUUUCUUGCGCUUCUUGUUAUUGGCGUGAAGAGCCGGGAAGAUUUCGAUGAAAGUUCUUCAGAUAUCUGCAACCAGGAAAGAAAACCUGGCAGGUGUAUGGCUAUUUUUCCAAGAUGGUACUACAACAGUGUGUGGAAAAACUGCACAAAAUUCAUUUAUGGAGGAUGUCAGGGAAACAAAAACAAUUUCAGGACUAAAGAUGAAUGUGAACGGACAUGCCUACGUAAAGGAGGCAAUAAAUUAAAGACCUCUGCUGAAGAACCAGUAGAUGAAGAAUAUGACGAAGAACCCUGCAGAGAAGCAUUAGAAGGCUCAAUUCCACUGAAAAUAAACUGUUUCAAAGCAAAGCUGUUUUAUAGAGGGCUCUGUCGACCAUCCCAAGGUACACCUGUUCAGCAAUCUCCAUUUGAUGUGAAGCACAUUCUGGCCUGUAAGAAAGCUGGUUACUCUUUACCACUGAAGUGCUCUUUACAUAUACAUCACAGCAAGUGGACAUGUGUGGAUAAGUCAGGAAAGAAGAUUAAAUUGGAUUUUGCUAGUACAUGUGGCUUUAAUCUCUGUCAUAAACAUCAUUAAGGACACUUGUGUUGGAAUGGCUCCUUAACAAAAAGUUGUAUUCAUUUCAUUAUAUUAAUCAUUUGUGCCACAUUGUAAUGACACAUAUACUUUUCUAGAAUGUUAAAAUUUGGACUUUUUCAUAGAAAUUUUCUUUUUUUCUGUUUUUAAUGAAUUGUUAAACUAAAUGACAGAUUGAGCCAAGUUGCAAUUUAGAUUUUUUUAUGUCAUAUUCCCGUCCUCUGUGUUACACAGGGACAUUAAAGUUAAACUCCUUCCUUAGUGCAAUGUUGUUAUGACUAAGGAACAAGACUAGUAAUGAAUAGUAUUUCUUUGUAUUAUUUAAGAUAUUUAUCUGGACAUAUUUAUCCUGAAUGUUAACAAUGUAACAACUUCAUAUGUAUGAAUGAAUUCUAGCAAAGAAUAAUAAAUGUUUAGUUUAUAUAACACAAUUGUUAGUAAGAGUCACUUGUUCACCUGCAUUUGUAACAUGCAGCUGCUGUAAACUUGAAUAUGCUAAGUGUGAAUUGCUACACCAUUGGUGAGCAAUGAUGCUGAUGGGAAACACCAAAGCUCAAUAGAGGACUGUAACAAAUAUUUGUCGAGAUCUAUUCCCUCGGAUUUCCCAUCCAUAACGUUUUCAGAUUUUAUCAGUACAGAAAACAACAACAACAGCAAACUAAAGUUCUACUGGACACACAUUGUCCAUGGUAUUUAAGUAAUCCUUUAAUUUACCUUCUACUCAAUGUCACAUCAGUAAAGUAUGUAGUAUUGACAUCA